AGUCACUUUCCUCGUAUGUGACUUGAGCAAAAUAAUUAUAAUCAGACAACUGAAUAUUGCAAGACUGAAUUGAACCACGGUUGGAGAGAAAAAAUGAUGUGCCGACAAGAUCGCUUUUCGAUGUCCAAUUUUUUGUUUUGCAGACACAGGCAAGACCGGAUUAUCGAAAAGAACUUUCCUUAGAACAUGGAAAUCGUUCCAAAAACCACGUCCUACAGGUAAUGAGAAUUAUUUGAAAAUGUUAACUGACCACUUAUAAUCGCCCAUAUAUAUACUUUUGACCGAUAACUAAGAAAAUACAUAAAUACCUUAACCUGACGACAGACAUGAUGAGGAACAUGGCCCUUUACCCCUCCCCCCCUUGCUCCCUCACUCUGGCAGCACGACAUUUUAAUCCGUCCAAUUUUUUUUAAAAUUAACUAAGCUCGUCAAAAUUGGACAUAGUAUUUGUCAUGGAUAAAUCGGGAAGUAUUGGCCCAAGUAAUUUCGCCUUGGAGAAAAAAUUUGUUCACAAUUUGAUUGAAUUUUUCUGGAGGGGGGGGGGUACACAUCCAAAUCCCCCUUUGGGUACGCCCUUGUGUAACAGAGUAGCGCUUAUUUCGUUGUAACAGUAAAUCGUGAUAAUUAUUAUAGAAGGAACAGUGUGAGAUAUAAAAUAAACAAAUUUUAAAUGUACAUGUUACUGCACAUGUUACUAUGUAUUUAAUAUAUUUUACUAUUUCUCGUAAAACGUGGUCAAUACUCGAGUACUCCCAUCACCCCCGCCCCCCGCUCUGCCAUUGUCUUUAUAGAGUCACUUUCGUCGUAUGUGACUUGAGCAAAAUAAUUAUAAUCAGACAACUGAAUAUUGCAAGACUGAAUUGAACCACGGUUGGAGAGAAAAAAUGAUGUGCCGACAAGAUCGCUUCUCGAUGUCCAAUUUUUUGUUUUGCAGACACAGGCAAGACAGAAUUAUCCAAAAGAACUUUCCUUACAGCACGGAAAACGUUCCAAAAAUCACGUCCUACAGGUAAUGAGAAUGAUUUGAAGAUGUUAACUGACCACUUAUAAUCGCCCAUAUGCAUACUUUUGACCGAUAACUGAGAAAAUACAUAAAUACCUUAACCUGACGACAGACAUGAUGAGGAACAUGGCCCUUUACUCCCCUCGCUUCCUCACUCUGGCAACACGGCACUUUAAUCCAUCAAUUUUUUUUUUUUAAAUUAACUAGGCUCGUCAGAAUUGGACAUAGUAUUUGUCUUGGAUAAAUCGGGAAGCAUUGGCCCAAGUAAUUUCGUCUUGGAGAAAACAUUUGUUCAAAAUUUGAUCGAAUUUUUCCCAAUAUCUCCCGCCAAGACUCGAGUAGCUGUGGUUACAUAUUCCUCUUGGUUGAAACUGGAGUUCAACUUUAAUAAACAUAUCAAUAACACGUGUUUACGAAACGGUAUUCAGAAGAUUGGGUAAGGAAAGUACAGUUGGGAACAACCAUAUAUAACGGACACUUUGUGACCGAGCCGUUUUGCUCGUACUUGGCUGUGUCCCCUGCCUGGGACCGAUUAUAUAUAUAUAUAUAUAUAUAUAUAUAUAUAUAUAUAUAUAUAUAUAUAUAUAUAUAUAUAUAUAUAUAUAUAUAUAUUAUAUGUACUAUUUAUAUUAUAUGUACUAUUUAUAUAUAAUAUAUAUAUAUAAUACGGUGUAUAUAUAUAAUAUAUAUAUAUAUAUAUAUAUAAUAUAUAUAUAUAUCACAAGUUUUGUAACGUAUAGUGAAGAGAGUGCUCAAUACAUAAAAUUUCGUAGAGCGAAUGUAAUUACUAUUCUUACUUAAAAUCUUUUUUUGUCUCUACUCCGAGUUUCACGCAUCACUGCGAUCAUCAGGAGACAUUGUUCUCAAAUACCGUUUAAUAAUAAUAAUAAUAAUAAUUAUUCAGGAAGCUCCACUCACCGAAGUGUUUUUCAGGGAGGUCCUGUAAUAUAUAUCUAUAUUAUACAGGGUAUUCGUAAACUAUACGUCUAUGCUUAUUUAAAAACUAUAAAAUAUUUACAAGUGGAUUAUAUAGAGAAUAAUACAUGGGUGCGCGGAAAUACCAGAUUUAUUUCGAGUGUUGAACAUGAUAUAUCUCACGAGUGAGCGCAGCGAACGAGUGAGAUAUCAUGUUCAACACAAGAAAUAAAUCUGGUAUUUCCAAGCACCCAUGUAUUUUUCUGUUUAUUAUAUAAACAAAAUUCAGUGAAAAACAAUAAAACGUCCGUGGCAAUGCGUUUUACAACAAAUGAUAUUUUCACACGUAAAAAUAUCGUAUUUUUUACGUGUGUUUCAAUACGACUUUUCUUAGUGGCCAAAAACUCUAUAUAACACUUAUGUUUAUAUACAACCUCGUUCCCAGGGCUUUUCCCUUUUUGUCAUUGGGAAGGCAGGAAAAAACCUUGGGAUCGGCUGGUCACAUGACCUCAAAAUACCCACAUUUUGUGGGUAUUUUGGAUCUGCAUAAAUUAUCAUAAAAUAUUUUUAAUUUUCAAUAUGGCGGCGCUACGUGUAGUGGACAAGUUUUCUGUGUUCCGGCAAAUAGGAAUUGCACUGAAUAGCACCAACUUCCCAUCUUUAAAUUUAAAGCCACUUCAAGUAAAGUGCUUGGAGUACCUUUUGGAGGGCAAAGACGUGAUCGCAGUUUUACCUACAGGAUUUGGGAAGUCGUUGCUUUUUCAUCUCUUGCCAUAUGUUAUGCCAACCAAAAAAAGUAACAAUAUUGUGCUAGUUGUAUGCCCGCUCAACUCUAUAAUUGAAGAUCAACUAAAUAUAUUGAACAGUAGAGGUAUUGCUGCCAAUGUACUUGUUGAAAGAAGCCAAGGUGCUAUUACGGAAGAGUUGUUUCCGCCGACAGUCACAGGCCCGACACAAAGGCAAUGUGUGAACGAAGAAGCAAACUUUCACAUCCCUUCUGACAUAUUGAAUGGACAAUGUUCGAUUUUAUUUGCCCAUCCAGAGGCUCUAUUAAGCAAAGAAGGACGAGAAUUAAUAGCAAGUCAAGUCUUCCAAAUUAAUGUUGUAGCUUGUGUAAUUGAUGAGGCACUUGUAAUUGAUGAGGUAAUUGUGUUGAGAUAUGGUGAGAAUAUAAUUUAUAUCUUUGUUGAUUAUUGAAUGAAAUAUUUUUUAUGAAUUGCACAUGGAAAGAUUUAUAUUAUUGUCUUUAUAGACGUUUGUCUGUUGUUUGUAUUCAGUCUCACAGCCAUGUUUGGUCAAAUGUCAGUGAAAUUUAAUGAGAUCAAGUCCAAAUUUUAUAGUGGUGGUGACAUUUGACAUAUUUGUUUGUAAAAUCCAAACAUCAAAGUCAUAUUAAAUGGCUAAUUUUUCAUUAAAGUGGUACAAGAGGCAAUUUCUUUCUAUUAAAUUAACUUCAGUCCAUUUAGAGACUGUUUAUAUGUAAGCCAUGCUAAGUGAGACAGCCAGUAAGGGCAGUAAGCAGAUUGAAUUUGCAUUGUGUUUAUAUAAGAAAAUUUCAUUGUACUUGUCAGGGACGUUUUAUAGUUACUUAUUUUGACAUUGUUUUGACAGUUGUUAGAAAUAACUUGGAAGUGGCAAUUCUUUUAACUGUUUAUCCACUUGUGAGUGUUUUAUAUGGAUAAAUUUUCAUCCCAGUAAGAUCUCGCCUCUUUCAUGCAAGAAAAUGCCACUCAAUGGGUUAAUUUUGCCAUUUUUAGUGGUGAAGAGUUUAGAACAGAUUUUAAAGACCUCUCCUCACUAAAGGCAUUCUUUCCUUUGGUUCCAACUCUGGCACUAACAGCAACUGCUUCACCACAAUUGUUGGUAAAGUUGGAAAAAAGCUUGAUGCUUGCCAGCUGCAAAAUUGUGUCUGUCAACCCAAACAGGAUGAAUAUUUAUUUGGAGAAAAAUGUUCGACUUAGCAAUCACCAUGGCAGUGAAAGCUACAGAGCCAUCCUUGAACCAAUUGCUCAGGAGCUAGUCAUUCAGAGAGAAAAAUACCCAAUGACAAUUAUAUAUUUGAAAUUGAAGUAUUGUGGCUAUGCAUACUCUCUAUUUGAAAGAAUCCUGAAUGAGAACCAAUAUGUGGGAGAUUCAAAGGAACCAACAGGAAGACUUUUUGCCCAGUUUCACUCACCACAAACUCACCGUAUGAAAAAGGAACUUAUAACAGAGAUAAAGAAAGCAGACUCAAGGGUAAGAGUUAUAUUUGCAACAUGUGCACUCGGAAUGGGGGUUGAUUCACCAUAUGUUACAAGCAUCAUUCAUAUUUCACCUUCCAGUUCUCUUGAAGCCUACAUGCAGGAAAUAGGGCGUGCUGGCCGAACUGUGGGCAUACAUGCUAGAGCAACCCUUUAUUACAACAAUUCUGACAUUAGCAAUAACAAAUUGCACAUAAACCAGUCCAUGGCAACAGAAAUGUGUAUGAGAAAGAUCAUUUUAGAGUAUUUUGGAUUUAAAUUAGUGAUACAGAACAACUGCUGUACCAUUUGUGAUAAAGACAGCAAAAGUAUUGAAAAUGUACUAUCGUGUACUUACAAGAAAGUAAGGGAACUUCCUACCGAAAAUAGGAUUCAUCUGGAAGAGUUGAUUAAAGCAAUUGUACACAGCACUCAAGAAACUUCGCAAUGCUUUUCCAUGAUUGAUGUUCCUGUUGUUGACAUGAAGAAUAUGGUUGAAAAUAUAAUGGAUGAUAUUGAAUAUAUUUCAAGUGAAUCGGAUCUGUUGGACAAACAUGGUAUAUGGAAUGAAGCUUGCUCUUCUCAGAUAUUUUCUGUUGUGUGCGAGCUUACAAUUUUGAAAUGAACUAAUUUUAAAAAAAAUCUAAUUAUGAAUGUCAACUAAAAUGUAGGUAGAGGUAAUACUAUGGUUUCAAGUGCAAUUUGGAUAUAACAUGUACGAGCGAGUUUUUAAAGACCUCAAAAUAGCACGAAUCCGAUGAACGAGUGCUAUUUGAGAUCUGUGGAAAACUCACAAUGCAAGUGCAUGUUAUGUCCAAAUUGCCCUAGAAAUCCCGCUAUUACUAACUUCUUAUUAACCGAGCGUGAGGUUUUUACAGAGAAAUAUCGGACUGAGGUCUUUUUUGUACAGACCGAGCCCGUAGGGCGAGGUUUGUACAAAAAGUCCAAGGUCCUAUAUUUCUCUGUAAAGACCAGGCUGAGCGAGGUUAUUAGGUUAAUAAAAAGUUUAUUAUGUGGCAUCUAUAGGCAUUUAUACUUGAAACAAACAAGAAAUACAUGAUUUGAAAUCCAUAUUAGUACUAGUGUGGUAAACAUUUGAUGAAAGAAAACAAAAAAUAGCAAUGUAGUCCUUCCAAACUAAAUAAUAAUUUUCUAUUAGUUUUGCUCUUUUGUUUUAAAAUGCAUGCGUUUCUUUUUACGUAAUGGACAGCCGGUCCAUUACGAGAAAAUAAUGGACCGCUGAAAGUGUUUCUCAGCCAACCAUAGUCCGCCAUUUCACCGGAAGUGAUGCUUGCCAUAUAAUAAUUAUUAAUAAUGUACAUUAAAAUGUUCAAGAUUUUCAUUGGUUCAUAGCGAUUACAGAUUUUUGCACUGUGAUUACAAAAAAAUGCAUUGUGAUUACACAUUUUGCACUUCUGUUCGGGAUUAACUGUACUGAAAUCAACCAAUCACAGUCGAGUAACAUUUUAAUGUAUAUCAUUAUUACUGUAAAUAAUUCCUUACAAAAUGUUCAACUUUAUAUAGUAUGGUGCUGUUAGAACACGGCAAAGGUCAAUUUGAGAGUUCUGCCAUACGUUUUCUUAGCCAUUGAUGGCAGUCAAUAACUUUCAGAUAUUGCAGAGGACAACGCCUGAUGUCAGGAAAGCUAUUGUGACAUCUUGAAGGCAUAUAAGUGAAAGGAUCCAACUUUAUCAGGUCUGCAAUCAUUUCCUUUUCAUCCUCUAUGGAAUCACGAGCGGUGUGCUGUACUGACUUUUUGUGAAUUCCAACGGAACAAUCGAAUGCUUCUGUAAUUUCAUUGAUUCCUGUUGUUGCUCUGCAUAUUUUUCUGAUUGAGUUCAAAGUUUUGUUAGCCCCCAUACGUUGCACAAUGCUCUUACUGCAUUUGUUGUAUAUUUUCUGGACCAAAUCAUCCUCGAUAUUCUUUCCUGCACCUCCUCGAUAGUUCACAAAAAAUCCUCAUUUGAAUUCUUCUGACAGUCUAGGGGUUAAGAGGCAUUCGAUCUGUGCUAUGCUUAUAAACAUCUCAAUAGCAUACUUGCUGUAAUUUCCCAUUGACUUGAAUACAGCUAACAGCAGCUUUUGAUUGACCAGAUUCCGUUUGCCAUCAGCUUCUGCAGCAGUAUCGUUCAUUUGCAAUAUCAGGAUAGCCAAGAAUAUGAAACACAACCCAUAGUUCAUGACAUAGUCAUCAUCAUCAUGUGACUCGUCACAUAUUUUCUGCAGCACCAUUCUGUCAAUGAAUUGCCCGAAAACAUCGUCAUGGUACUUUUUCUUAUUUUCCUUACUAGCACGAGUAAUGUUAUCUGAGAACACAUUAACAGUUGGUUUGUCAUCAAGCUUUGUCAUUCCAAAAAACUUGAGAAGUGCAGCCACGAUGUAAGCUCGUCCUACGCUAAGAAACAAGUCCUCACUUCCUUCGUAAGAAUCAAGAACUUUGGAUGGUGUGGCAUUUUUACGGUUGUACUUUUCUCGAAAAAACUUUAAAGUUCCAACCUGAUUUACAGAUGUUGGUUUGCACAGGAAUGAGUAUGAGUACUGGAGAAGCGAUGCUUUUGUAUGCCACAUCACUAGCUGGCUUAAAAGGCGAGCAAUUCUCAAACCUAUCAGACGGUGUAUGUGUCCCUGAAAGUAGAUCCUUUGCCCCAGCAAAACGCACCCUUGUUAAUUGAUCUCCGGCAAAUGCAAUUUUCAUAUCUCUCAUUGGAUCAUUUGAUGUUGGCUGUUCAUGGGCAUGGGUCUGACCAGGGGCUGCGGGUCCAGCAGGUACUGGUGGAUUAUCUGCUUGAGGAAUUUCUUGAAGCAAACCAGCCUCGAAAUAAAUUUCAGAAAUCCACUUUUCGUAUGUACGAAGUAUGGAAACGCAAUCUUCAUAUUUUGCCUCAUUGGCAUUAAUAAUAGGCAUACUGACAAUGCUUGAUUGCCGUUCCAUUUCCUUACUGUGAACAUGCAAUAUACGAUCUGGAACAAUGCCUUUCAAGAACUUGAACUGAGGAAGAAAUUGAAGAGCAAUCCGUCCUACAAUAACCUUAGCAUUAUCUGCAUACUGCCUCCACUCAUUCACGCUUAAAGAAAAUGUUGAGCGUGGAAGAUCUUUGAUGUUGCCCUUCGGCUUCUCAUUAGGUUAGUGGCUGAAUGUCAGUCGGUUUUCCAUGAGAUUGGUGGCAAACAAAUGUAGAUUUUCAUUUUGAAUGUUCAUUCGCAUACUGCUUUUCAAAAUCCUCAUGUCCCAGUUAUCGCCGGUGCCACGAAAUACCUUUCCUUUCUUGACCUUUUCAACAACUUGGUCAGAAAAAUGGCCCCCAAGUAGUUUGAUGAUUGUAUCCUUUCUAGAGGUGGACAGGCAUACCCCAAGCUUGUUCAAUCGCUCUUGUAGCUACGAAUAGAAUGACAGUUAAUUCACAUUUUUCAGUGUUUGGAAUAAGGAUCAGUUUAUCUAAUUUAGAAAAAAUGUGGUAACUAAACGACUGUUCUAUAUUUGCACUCUUUUUUUGUAAUGGCUUCGUUUUAAAAUGGUUAUUUUUCUCUUGUGUCAUGUAUGCACAUGCAUGUGGUAGGGUUAUAUGGAUAGACUUGUGUUUAGGCCCAUGCAUGCAAGAUCAAAGAGAAACAUAGUCCUGCAUAAAAUGUGGGGAUAUAAAUUUCAUGUGCCACAUGGAAACAAGGAGCAAAAGUGCAAUAAAGAAUACAAUUUUAGGUCUCAAGGUCAAGAUACACCGGCGCAAUUCGACAACACGGACGCGGUUCUUUAGUUUUUGAAAGUUAAUAAAACAUCCAAUGACAGCAAAUUUUAUAAGAUAUGUAGACCAAAUAACUCAAAAUGAUAUAACGCUUCUAAAUAUUUGUAAAAUUUAAACUAAGAUCAAAGUUAUCGGUCAGUGAAACUCGAAAAAUCGCGUCGCGUUGUCGAAUCGCGUCCGGUGUGUCUGGACAUUUAGGCCGCAUUUAUAAUAUAUGACGCCAUGGUAAAUUGGUCCGUAGUUAAUACGCCACAGCAAACCACUCUGCUAUAGUGUAAAUACAAUAAUAAGAAAAGCAGUAAAAUUUUAACGAAAUGUUACCGCAGCGUUAUAGUACAAACGCAGACUAAAUGUUGAACUGAAUUUAUGCUAUUUGCAGAGCUGUAGUAUUGUACCAAAACCAUGCAACGAUAUAAAAAACAUGAGUCGAAUCCUUAUAGUAAUAUAGACAAACCAAUAACACAUUUAAGUCUUCAAAUGCGAACACAGGAAAUAACUAUUUAUCAACAUUUUAUAUCCCGGAAAGGCAAUACAGUGCCACAGAUGAUAUAUGCAGAGAGAUGAAUUACAUCAUGAUAACCAUUGGCAUUGUACAAAUAACGUUUUAUUGUUUUUCACUGAAUUUUGUUUAUAUAAUAAACAGAAAAAUACAUGUGUGCUUGGAAAUACCAGAUUUAUUUCUAGUGUUGAACAUGAUAUCUCACUCGUUCGCUGCGCGAUCACUCGCGAGAUAUUAUAUUCAACACUCGAAAUAAAUUUGGUAUUUCCGCACACCCUGCAUGUAUUUUUCCGGUUAUUAUAUAUAAACAAAAUUCAGUGAAAAACAAUAAAGCGUCCGUGGCAAUACGUUUUACAACAUAUGAUAUUUUCUCAGUGGCCAAAAACUCUAUAUAACACUUAUGUUUGUAUAAUAAAAUAGUUUAAUGUUUCACAGAACUCUUUAUACAUGGAAUCUGUACCGCCCAGAAAUGGAAUCAAGGAAACAAUUGUCACAAUUUUAAUGAAAAACCAUUAUUAAUGCCUUGAAAUAUAUCAUACCAAGAUGUCAAACAUGUAUAAAUAUGUCACAAAAUGAAAGUUUUUGUAUCAAUUGAAGGCGCGCUUAUUAUAACUUUCACAUAAAAAUCUAUUUUCUAUAUAUUAUAAGUAUAUUUACCAUAUUAUUGUUUGUAUUGAAAUAUUUUAUCAUUAUACAUGCCCUUUGUAGAAACAAUGUUUUUGGUGCGUGUUUAGAUAGAUAGAUAGAUAGAUUUAUUUAACCACGCUAACCUCGUCAACUACAGCUGAUUUCCACGAGGGGCGUGUGAACAAGAAGUAUACAGCAAAUAUGAAAAGUAUUUAAAAGCUAUUUACAAAGUAGAAAAUAUAGUAUAAAAUAUAUUAAGUAUAUGAGAUAAUAAUGUAUUUACAGAUGCAUAUCUUUGCUUUAAUUAUCAAUGUGAGCAGCGAUUUUCGUCCGAAAUGAAGAAAGGGAUUUGCUCUCUUUAAUUUCCUUUGGAAUAGAAUUCCAAAGGAAUGAUCCAUCGUACAUAAAACUUUUUUUCAAAUUAUUAGUCCGCGGUUGCGGUAAACAAAGAGUACUUGAAACGUUUCGAAGAUUAUAGCUAGUCAUCUCACUUUGAAUUCAUAUAUACAGUGUGUCCCCAAAAAAGUACCCUUAUAACAAUAGGAUACUUUCUAUAGGGGGUACAUUUUUGGGACACACUGUAUAAUCGGACUUUGCUGUUGCGUGCAAGCAUAACCAGGGCCGUAACUAGACUGGGAGGGGGGAGGAGUGCAUACUCAUAUAUUCGUGUUCUGCCCUACUGGUUUCUUUUGCGGUAGGUGAACACGAAUAUAUGAAUAUGCACCCCCAAUUAUCGCGUCUAUAUAGUUGCGGCGGCCAUAGCAUACACGUUUGACUACGACUCAAGAUAUAUUCAGUAUUCUCGACGAAAAUUUAUACGAAAACUCUCCGAAAUAUAUAAAGGCAAGUUUGACUUUAUUUCUUUAAGGUAAUAUACAUCAAGACACUGAAAUUUUCAGUGUUCAUUCUAGAUGCAAACAAUAUGCUUUUAUGACUUUAUCACCGCUUCUUACAGCGCAUAUAAAUAAACCGCUAUAAAUCGACUAAUCGAAUGGUCAAAUACAACCUAGAUAAAAUGUAUUGGAAAGGCAAUAUAUAGUUGCUAUCAUUUGCAAAGUGUAUAAAAUUGUUAUAUGAAAACACAAUACAAUUUUCCCCAAGCAAUAUAGUGUCAGCAUCAUGAUCAAAAAUAGAAAUCAUUAAUUAACUAUCUGAAAAAUGUAAUACGGAUGCGAGAAAAUUCACUAUAAAACAAAGCAGGAAUGACUGAAGCAAUUAAUACUGAAACAGAAAUCUAUUUAUUUUCCUAAAAAUGCAAGUAUAAUAUAAUAAUUCUAUUUUACAUUUGUACCUGUUUAGUGCAUCCGCCCUCGACAAUAAGGACUGUAUUUACACGCUUGACGAGGUUCAAUUCAUGCCAUCUUUCACUCAUUAGAAUGGAAUACAGAAAAUUAUAUUUAACGCGUAAACUUUCGCCUAUAUCUUCCAUCUUUCUUUCUUCUCCAGCAAUCGCACUCAUAAACUCAACAAGCAUAUAGGGAAAUUAUCUUUCAGUUCCAUACAAAUAUUGUUAUAGCUGAAGUCCUUCAAACUUUGAUAAUCAUUACCGUAUAACAUAGAGCCUUGUGAACGUUUACAAAGUUUAGCGCUCGAGAGGCUAACAUCUUUAAGAAGUAACUUUAGCAAAGCGGUGACUACAUUUUCGCAGUGUUGUUUGAGAAUAAAUGCUAGCACAUUUGUAUCUUUCGCAUUGAGAGCUCGAGAUAUCAUUUGCUGCUGUUUGUCACUCAAACGAGACUGACUGUCCACAUCUAUAUGACCAUCCAAUUGAAGUGGAUUGGUUCAAAUGUUUGCUGGAUACAGCUGCGGUUCUUCGUCGAAUAGUUGUUGCCUACACGAACCAGUUGAAGUUAGGCGUUUUACUGCAGGCUGACAAGAGGAAGGCGACACCUCUACACAACGCUUUACAGAAAAGGCUUCAUCGGAUCUCUCAUCGCAAUUGUUUUGCUGUCCUCGCACUUUUGUAAUAAAGUUACAUAUUUUGUUCACAAACGACACACAAGAUCUACAUAUUACUUUCGACUUCGUAUCGUUCUCAGUCACACUUAUUCCACACGAAAGUUCCACUUUUUGACAAAGUUCUUGACUUAAACCAGUUUUACUAAAUAUUUUGAUUACAUGCCGGCCUUCUUUAGACUCGCAACAAAGCCUACAAACAGGAUUUCUUGCCGAAAUUUUGGUUGGCGUCUCUUUGUUUUCCGCGAGUUCAGCCAUUUAUUACAAUAACACAAUUUUGAAAUAAUUAUAGAAAUUUGCGAAAGUUGUGCACAAAUUUAAAAAUGCAUCCUACCAAUCAGAAGCCAGAACCGACCAGCCGAUCCCAGGGCCUUUUCCCGCCUUCCGAAUGACAAAAAGGGAAAAGCCCUGGGAACGAGGUUGGUUUAUAUAAUAAAGCGCUUUUAUAUUAAUACUUAAAAUGUUUUUGUUACUACUCCGAGUUUCAUGCCGUAAAGGCAAUCAUCAGGCAACAGUUUUUGCUUCAAAAAAACUUUGUUUUGUUUUUGCUUCUGAAGCAAAAACUGUUGCCUGAUGAUUGCCUUUACGGCAUGAAACUCGGAGUAGCAACAAAAACAUUUUAAGUAUUAAUAUACAUAUACAUAUAUAUAUAUAUACUGUAUAAAAUUUCAGACAAUUUGGUUUAGUUUAAGCCCCUUAACUAUUCACGCAAAGUUUCAAUUUUCCCGAAAAAUCGGCUAUUUGCAUGCUUAAUUAAUGCAUUUGCCUAAUUUGCAUAUGUCAGCAAUAUGCAAAUUAGGUAAAGGCAUUAAUUAAGCAUGCGAAAGGCUGACUUUUUAGAACAAAAUGAAUAGUUAAAGGGGCUUAAACUAAACCAAAUUGUCUGAAAUUUUGUACAGUAAUUAACAUCCCGACAAGUUUUCCAUCUGUUAACUCAAAAUAUGAUUGCAGCUUUUAAAUUUUGUGCGCGAGCCAUUUUUAGUUUGUUGGAAAAGACACACACCCCUGGUUCACAAAAUUUGAGUUCGAGAAUUUUUUUAAUAAGUACCCAAAGAAGCUAUAUAUAUAAAAAACCAGAUACAAAUAGCUGUUUUGCGAAAUUGAGAGCAAUUUUAAAUCUGUUCAGUUUUUUUUUAUACACCCUGUAUAUGUAUAUAUAUAUGUAUAUAUAUAUAUAUAUAUAUAUAUAUAUAUAUAUAUAUAUAUAUAUAUAUAUAUAUAUAUAUAUAUAUAUAUAUAUAUAUAUAUUAUGUGACAGUUAUUUCGGAAGUGGUAUUGGGACAUCGAAGUUUCCGUAUUCCAAAUCUUCCUCUUGCCGCUUCAAACUUGCCCCGACCCAUGCAUCUAAGUUUGUUUUGCAGCCCAAACCUAUCCUAUGCCGCCUAUAUAUGGUCCGUAUAGUCAAGUGUCUGUUACUACAGGUAUACAAACACAGCAAUUGUUUACUCCACAGAUACACAGGUGGUUUCACGUCCACUGGCUCUGCACUUGAAUACGUCAAAAAUAAUUUGCUAUUCAGCCCUGCUGCGGGAGCUAGAAGCGAGGCUAUGAAAGUGAUUUACCUGCUCACGGAUGGUAAAUCUAACCGGGGCGUCAAACCUGGUAUUCCUGCAGGCCAGUUAAAACAAAGACAAGUCAUUAUCUAUGCCAUGGGAGUGACGACGCAUAUUAGAGAAAGUGAGCUGCAACAAAUCGCUAGUUCAAAGCCAGAGGACCACGUGUUUCAUGUUAUGAAUUACGCAGUACUGAAUGAAGUAACACGGUUGCUACAAGGAGGUGAGCCGAUGAUUCAAGAGAACGUUUUAAAGGGUCCUUAUAAUUGUACGCUUGUUCGGAAAGAAGCACCAUUAACAUCAGCAUGCGGUUAACGUCAUUAAUUAAAACCUAAAUAAUUUGUCAACUUCGUUAUCAUUAUCACCAACAUCAACAUUAUCAUCAUCAUUAUUAUCAUCAUUAUCAUCAUCAUGGAUAACUAACAAUUUAAAUGUGUGCUAGGAUGUUUUAUAUAAUUAAAAAAAUUCAUAUUAUAAUACACGAUAUGACCCUGAUCUGGGAAAACCAUUAAAACGAAUAUAACCUCGCUUCUCAUAACUAUCUCUUACAUUUCACCCACUCUUCUUGCCUAUAGGGCCCUUUAGGGAUCCCUAGGACUCUGUAUAUAGAGCCAUAUAUAGGAGCUGUUAGAAGUCAUACAGCUCUUCAAGACCCCCCCCCCCCCAUUUACACUUGCAACAUUUGCUGCAAUUUUAAGUGCGAUUUUCUUCUUGUGAUGGAUGUGAACGAGUUCAUAAGCAUGAGUGUGCAGUUGAAGGUACAUCCACUCAACACAUUCAUAACUCAUCUACUCUCGUGCACAUGCAUCAGAAGAAGAAAAUCGCGCUGGACCUCGCAGCAAAAAUUGUAGUUAAUGGGUUUUUAGAGUUAUUUUGGACUCUCAAGGGUCCCUUAGAGCUCUUUGGGGUUUUAUAUAUAGGGCUUUUUAGGGCUCCUUACGGCUGUCUAUACGCAACAUUUCCGGGCCACGUAGGUCUUUGGCCUCUUUUAAUUAAUAUUUUUUUGACCUUUAAUGGGGAUUCGUACAUGAAUAGUGAGAAUUUGACUAAAUACUCUUGUUAGAUAAUUUAAAGGAUUUAUGUGUAUUUAUCGUUGCAGAUCUUCCUAAGAAGAAAAGCAUACAGGACACAACUGUGUUUGCUAGACGUCGCACGGGAUGA